AUGAUUCAGUUACUGUUUCUGGUUCUAUUUGUGGAAGGUGCGAUUGCAUUCUUACUGUUGAUAAAGAUUGGUCCUUUGAGAGAGCUUGUGAUAAAAAGCCUUGACCAGAUGAAGAUGGGUAAAGGUCCUGCCACUGUGAAAACCAUAGCUGGAACUAUGUCUGUUAUUCUCUUCUCUAAUCUCAUGAGCAUUGUCAAGAUCCAGAACAAGGGUUCCAAGCUUGGCACUAUGUCUCCUAUGGAUCAGGUUCUUUGGAGAACACACUUGCUUGAAGCUUCUUUAAUGGGAGUCGUACUUUUUCUCGGCUUCAUAAUUGACAGAGUGCAUCAUUACCUCAGAAAGCUAAUCAAUUUAAGAAGCAAUGUUGGGUCAUCGAAAGAAGAACUUGAAGAGCUCCAGAAAGAAAGAACCGAAAUGAAGGAGAAAGAGGAGAAAGCAUCCAAGGAAAUCAAGCUGCUUCAAGAAAAAUUGUCAUCUAUUUUGGAGAGACUUAAGAAAGCAGAAACUGAGUCCAAAGAGAAAGAGAAGAAACUUGAAACCGCUGAAACCCAUGUUGAGGCACUUCAGAAACAGUCUGCAGAGCUGCUUCUAGAGUAUGAUAGAUUGCUAGAAGAUAACCAACAUCUCCAAAGCCAAAUCUUGGGGAAAACGAAGAGCUGAUGUUUUAAAAUUUGUCUGGUGUCAUUAAACAAUGGUGAAGAAGAGAGUUUAUGGAGUAUUACUGCAGUUGCAUGAAUUCUUGCAACAUUUUUGCUUUUAGUAUAUGGAUAUAUUGAUUGUCUUUUGAAACUGGUUCUUUUUUCUUCUCAAUUCUUUGGAAUGUUUUGUCGACAAUCAUAUAUAUAA